GUGCAAAACCCGGUGAAGGUGGUGAAUUACCAGGACAUAAAGUUUCUGAUGCCAUAGGGAAAACAAGAAAAUCCACUCCCGGUGUUGGUUUAAUUAGUCCACCUCCUCAUCAUGAUAUUUAUUCUAUUGAAGAUUUAAAACAAUUGAUUUACGAUCUUAAAUGCUCAAAUCCUCGUUCUCGUGUAUCUGUCAAAUUGGUAUCUGAAGUUGGUGUCGGUAUUGUAGCAUCUGGUGUUGCUAAAGCUAAAGCUGAUCAUAUUUUAAUUUCUGGUCAUGAUGGUGGUACUGGUGCUUCUCGAUGGACAAGUAUUAAAUACGCUGGUUUACCUUGGGAAUUGGGUCUUGCAGAAACACAUCAAACUCUUGUAUUGAAUGAUCUUAGAGGUCGUGUCAUUGUUCAAACUGAUGGACAAAUUCGAACUGGACGUGAUGUGGCAAUUGCUUGUUUAUUGGGAGCUGAAGAAUGGGGUUUUGCGACCACUCCAUUGAUUGCUUUAGGUUGUAUCAUGAUGCGCAAAUGUCAUUUGAACACUUGUCCAGUUGGUAUUGCUACUCAAGAUCCUGAACUUCGUAAGAAAUUUGAUGGUCAACCUGAACAUGUAAUAAAUUUCUUUUAUUAUAUUGCUGAGGAAUGUCGUCAAAUUAUGGCAAAACUUGGUUUCCGAAAAAUUAAUGACAUGGUUGGUCGUACUGAUAAGCUUAAAGUUAAUGAAUCUUUACGUAAUGCAAAGACCGCAAAUAUCGAUCUUACUCCAAUCUUAACCCCUGCAUUUACCUUACGUCCUGGAGUUGCUACUCAUAACGUUUUAAAACAAGAUCAUAAACUUUAUAUUAGAUUAGAUAAUAAACUUAUUGAUGAAUCAGAACCUGCGUUGACAAAAAGAAAAAAAGUUGAAAUUGAUUGUGAGAUUCUUAACACCGAUCGUGCACUUGGUACUACAUUAUCCAAUCAUAUCUCUAAAAAAUUUGGUGAACAUGGUUUACCUGAUGAUACUAUUCAUGUAAGAAUUAAAGGUUCAGCAGGUCAAUCAUUUGGUGCUUUCUUGGCUUCUGGUGUUACUUUAGAAUUGGAAGGUGAUUGCAAUGAUUAUGUGGGUAAAGGUCUUUCUGGUGGUCGUAUUAUAGUCUAUCCUCCCAAAGUUUCUACUUUUAAAUCCGAAGAAAAUAUUAUUGUUGGAAAUGUUUGUUUAUAUGGAGCAACUUCUGGUCAAGCUUUCUUCAGAGGAAUUGCUGCUGAACGUUUUUGUGUACGUAAUUCAGGUGCUAUCGCAGUUGUUGAAGGUGUUGGUGAUCAUGGUUGUGAAUACAUGACUGGUGGUCGUGUUUUAGUAUUAGGUCCAACAGGACGUAAUUUCGCUGCUGGUAUGAGUGGAGGUAUAGCUUACGUUUUGGAUAUUACACAAGAUUUUAGAACUAAAUGUAAUAAAGAAAUGGUUGAUCUCGAAACCGUAAAUGAUCCUGAAGAGAUUUCAUUCUUACGUAAUUUGAUAGAAGAUCAUCGUCAUUAUACUCAAUCAGAAGUAGCUGAUCGAAUAUUAAAAAACUUUAAUCAAGUACUUCCACUCAUUGUUAAAAUUAUGCCGGUGGAUUAUAAAGCUGUUUUGGAGAAACAAAAACGAUUAGCAGAAGAAGCUCAAAAGAAAAAGGAACAACCACCAUUACCACAAAUCUCUGUAAAAAAAGAGGCAGAACCAUCUGUUGUUGAUAUUGAAGAUUCUAUGGUUGAUGAAGAAGCAGCCAAGAAGAGAGCUGAAACACUUGAUAAAGUUCGUGGAUUCAUGAAAUACAAACGAAAAGUUGAUAAUUAUCGAAAUCCUGUUAAACGUAUCAAGGAUUGGAAAGAAAUUAAUGCUCGAUUAAAUGAUGCACAACUUAAAGUACAAGCUGCUCGUUGUAUGGAUUGUGGUGUUCCAUUUUGUCAAUCUGAUUCUGGUUGCCCGAUUGGAAAUAUUAUUCCAAAAUGGAAUGAUCUUUCUAUUGAAUGUGCUAUUAUUGACAAAGGAUUUGAAAUGGGUUGGAUAAUUCCUAAUCCACCAGCUAUUCGUACUGGAAAAAAAGUUGCUAUUAUUGGAUCAGGUCCAGCUGGUCUUGCAGCUGCAGAUCAAUUAAACAAAGCUGGUCAUACUGUUACUAUUUAUGAUCGUAAUGACAGAUUUGGUGGACUAUUAAUGUAUGGUAUUCCUAAUAUGAAACUUGACAAAAAAACAGUACAAAGAAGAAUUGAUUUGUUGGCACAAGAAGGAAUUAAAUUUGUAGCAAAUGCUCACGUUGGAGUAAAUGUUGAUGCAACAAAAGUUCGACUAGAAAAUGAUGCACUAAUAGUAGCUACUGGAGCUACUUGGCCAAGAGAUUUACCUAUACCGAAUAGGAAUUUGGAUGGUAUUUACUUUGCUAUGGAAUACUUACAACUUAAUACACAAAGUCUUUUGGAUUCAAAUCUUCAGAAUGGCAAAUAUAUUGAUGCAAAAGAUAAAAAUGUUAUUGUUAUUGGUGGUGGUGAUACUGGAUGUGACUGCAUUGGUACUGCUGUACGUCACGGUGCAAAAUCUGUUGUAAACUUUGAACUCUUACCCGAACCACCGGCAAAAAGGGCUAAUGAUAAUCCUUGGCCACAAUUCCCACGAGUGUUUAAGGUUGACUAUGGGCAUGCUGAGGUCCAAAUGCAAUUUGGAAAGGACCCACGAGAAUAUUGCGUGUUAUCUAAAGAGUUUGUAUCAGACGGAAAUGGGAAAGUAAAAGAUUGGUCUAAAGACGCGUCAGGACGCUGGGUAAUGAAAGAAAUACCAGGAACUGAACAAUUUUUCCAGGCAGAUUUAGUAUUUUUAGCCAUGGGUUUCCUCGGACCAGAAGAUAAAUUGCUUAAUAGUUUAGGAUUAAAAAUCGAUCAACGAAAAAAUAUUGAAACUCCAAAAGGUCGUUAUUCGACUGCAGUUCCUGGAGUUUUCGCAGCAGGUGAUUGUAGACGAGGACAAAGUUUAAUAGUAUGGGGAAUUAACGAAGGACGACAAGCAGCGCGUGAAGUUGACCAAUAUUUAAUGGGUAAUACGAUAUUACCCGUAUCAGGCGGAAUUAAACAGC